AUGGGAAUAUUCGCUGAACUCAGACAAUCCAAAGAUCCCUCGGUGUUAAAGGAACUCAAUGGAUUCCUAAAGUUUGACACCAGACUUGCGGAGGCACAUGUGACGAGAAAAUUCUUAUCAGGAUUUAUUGACAAGGGUGAAUAUCCGAAACACUACUGGAAAACCUUACGAAGGAAUCAUAUUGCCACUACCCCAGCCGCACUAAGACAACAUGCAGAAAGUCACCUGGAGACUGUUAGCGCCGGAAUUGAGGAACUCCAACGGAAUCUGUGCCAGAGAACAGCGGCCCUGGACCGUCUUGAAUAUUGCGAGAGACUGGCGUUCGAAAACUACGUGCAAACUGUCAGAAGUAAAAGAAUCGAGGCGAGGUGGACUAAGCUCCUUCGAAGCGUCCAACCAGUGAAGGCUCAGACGGCCCUUCCGAAUAAUCCGGAACGGUACGUUCAUAACUAUUCCUCAGUACAGCUUGACAAAACUCUCAUAGAGAUACUGUCUCUUGGUCCUAGAUUUUGCAAUGCACGGCGGAUGCCGAAGCAGCUAGAGUUAGAAGUCCAAUUCGAAAGUCCAUUCAGUCAGACUGCCGAUCUAAAACCUAGCGGGCCUAGACAAGUAGACUAUCUGAAGUCGACUAUGGUUAAUUGCUGUCAACAGUACUCGAGAAAGGCUCCAAAAAACAAAGGUCCAUUAACAAGGGCCCAUCUCGAUAGCCUCAGCGAACUUCGUAAAAACGAAAACAUUGUGCUAACCAGGCCGGAUAAGGGUUCAGGAGUUGUACUGAUGGAUAGAAAAGAGUACGUAGAAAAACUAGAAGCAAUCUUGUCGGAUCGUACCAAAUUCUCGAAAUCCGAGAAAGACAGGGACCGCACCGAGGCCGUUGAAGGUCAACUGACGGCGGUCCUCAAAGUUCUCCACAAAGAAGGUCAUUUCUCUGACAAAGAAUAUGAGCGAAUAAGACCAGUGGGCACGGCCAUACCCAGAAUGUACGGCCUUCCAAAAAUGCACAAACACGGACUACCCCUACGUCCGAUCCUGGAUAUGCGGAAUUCGCCCUAUCACACCAUAGCAAAGUGGCUAGUCGAAAAGCUUAAACCGCUGCAAAGUCAUUUGUAUCCCCUAAGUCUGAAGGACACCUUCGAGUUUGUCGAGGCGAUAAAGGAUAUUAACGCUGACGGACGGAGGAUGCUAUCUUUAGACGUAGCAUCAUUGUUUACUAAUGUACCCGUAGCCGAAACAAUAAACUACCUUUGUGACGUUAUCCGCGACACGAACUACCCGUUAGGCAUGCCGUUGGAGACGCUAAAAGAGCUUCUGACAAAGUGCACGCAAAACGUCCAGUUUCUCUGCAAUGGUCAAUUGUACAGGCAAAUAGACGGCGUAGCGAUGGGCUCACCGCUCGGCCCAUUCCUCGCAAAUGUCUUCAUGGGCAAAGUCGAGAUGACAAGUUUACAAGACACCAUUAAUGACCUCAGCUUCUACGGUCGGUACGUAGACGAUAUUUUCUGCCUGACGGAUGUUACCACCGACACAGACGUCCUGAUUCAAAAAUUCAACAAUUCACACCCCUCGCUAACGUUCUCUGCAGAGGUUGAGGCAAACAAUGAAAUCGCGUUCCUCGACGUUCUUCUGCACAGACAAGAGGAUGGGUCUAUCCAACGUAGAGUAUUCCGAAAGAAAACCUGGACGGGACAAUACAUUAACUUUCACAGUUUUGUUCCCCUCAACAUCAAACGAAAUCUAGUCCAGGGAUUGGCAACUAGAGUGCGACGUAUCUGCUCUCCUGAGACUGUGGAGGCAGAACUCCAGCAGCUGCGGGAUACACUCCACGAAAACGGAUAUCCAGAAAGAUUUAUCCUUCGAAAUAUAGGGGAGCGCACUGCAAAACCCACCAUGGCAACUGCAGAAAAGAAGGACUUAUUUAUAAGAUUGCCUUUUCAAGGAGACGCAGCAAGUGAACUGGUAAAAAGACGUCUGAAGACAGCGAUCACUAGCGCUUUCCCCGCGGCGAACUUACGUGUGUGUUUCACUAACUCUCCCCUCCUACGCUUGGGAGGUAAAGACCGACUCCCGUUGCAGGCCACAUCAGUGUGUAUUUAUUCAUUCACUUGCUCCUGUGGAGCGGGCUACAUCGGCCGUACAACGAGGCGUUUGGAAAAGAGAGUACGUGAACACAUACCGGCCUGGCUAGGCAAAGGUGAGAAGAAAUCGAUCUCGAGUUCUAUUCUCGCACAUCUUUUCGAUACGAAUCACCGAGUCGAUGCCAAAGAAGCCUUUCAGGUUGUCUACCGGACACCAGCAGGCUUCUCUAAAGGCCUACGCCAACGGGUGCUAGCUACAGCUGAGGCAGUGGCUAUACGGCUAGCCAAUCCAGUGCUAUGCUGUCAGAAGACUCUGACACAGGCGCUCUGUCUUCCGUGGCCGACGCCGAUCCCAACGUCGCUCCAACCUCCUGAUGCCAGGGUGGGUGCACAAGGUACACGACGCACUCACAGCUUAUGCCCCCCCUCCUCCUCGCCCCCUGAACCCAAUUACCACGACACGCCGACCACGCCAUAG